AUGGGUAACAAGCAAGCAGUCUUCACUCAUGAGCAGCUGGAAGCUUAUCAGGACUGCACCUUCUUCACGAGAAAGGAAAUCAUGAGGCUCUUCUAUCGCUACCAGGACCUGGCCCCUCAGCUUGUCCCUCUCGACUAUACCAGCUGCCCUGAUGUGAAGGUGCCCUAUGAGCUCAUUGGCAGCAUGCCUGAGCUGAAGGACAACCCCUUCCGUCAGAGGAUCGCCCAGGUCUUCUCCGAGGAUGGGGAUGGCCACAUGACCUUGGACAACUUCCUGGACAUGUUUUCUGUGAUGAGUGAAAUGGCUCCCCGUGACCUCAAAGCCUACUACGCUUUUAAAAUUUAUGACUUUAACAACGAUGACUACAUCUGUGCGUGGGACCUGGAGCAGACGGUGACUAAGCUCACUCGGGGGGAGCUGAGCGCUGAGGAGGUGAGCCUGAUAUGUGAGAAGGUGCUGGAUGAAGCCGAUGGGGACCACGACGGGCGACUGUCCCUGGAAGACUUCCAGAACAUGAUCCUUCGGGCACCAGACUUCCUCAGCACCUUCCACAUCCGCAUCUGAGGGCACCACGGAGGAGGAGCCGGGCCAGAGGACGUCGGGGCGAACCCCUCAUCCUGCUGUGAAGUCUGGUUUCCCUGGGCUCUGGGAAUAAACUCACAUCACUGAGUCACCACUGCCUGGAAAAUGUGUUUCCCCCCUAAACCUGGUAGAUCAGAGGGAGACAGCCUGGGAUCGCACCUCUGUCCUCACUGUGUGAUUCUGGUGUGGCUGCACCCUCUGUGGGCCACGAUUUUCCCAUUUGUACAAGGAAAGGGCUGACUCUGGACAUCUCUCCACUGUGAGGGCUGGAGGUGAC